AAUUAUUCAAAAUUAUCCUAACAAAUAAAUAAAAUAAAUAAAUAAAAUAAAUAAAUUGAAUAAAUAAAUAAAAUAGAAUUAUCUGAAAAAUCUGAUAGAUAGUUGAUAAUGGUGCAUAGACCUGUGGUAUCGGUGUUUAGUGUAUCUACGGAGCGUCGUAUGGGUUCUACGGUGAUGCCUAGGGUAUUUUCUACUCCUUUACGUUCAGAUUUGGUCCGUUACGUCCAUACGAACAUGUCCAAGAACAAGCGUCAGGCGUACGCAGUGUCACGUCUGAGUGGUUACCAGACGUCGGCACGUUCUUGGGGCACCGGCCGUGCUCUUUCCAGGACUCCCAGAGUCAAGGGCGGUGGCACUCACAGGUCCGGACAAGCCGCCUACGCCAACUUCUGCCGUGCCGGCGGAAUGUUCGCACCCACCAAAACAUGGCGCCGGUGGCACCGCAAACUCAAUCUCAAAGAACGUAGACUAGCCCUAGCAUCGGCAGUUUCAGCUACGGCUGUGGUACCGUUGGUAAUGUCACGUGGGCACAGGGUGGAAUCUGUCCCCGAACUCCCUCUAGUCCUGGAUGACACUGUAGAAAAUUUGACUAAAACGAGAGACGCCGUGGAGUUACUAAACUCCAUGGGCUUGGGAGACGAGUUGAAACGUGUCAACACAGUGAAAAGGACAAAGAGAAAGGGUAGGAAAUACCCAGUGGGACCGCUGGUGGUAUUGAGAAGUUCAGCAGUUGAAGGGAAACGAGCCUUUAGAAAUAUCCCAGGCGUUGACGUAGUGUCGGUGGAACAUUUGAACUUACUCAAACUCGCACCGGCAGGUACUCUUGGUAGAUUAGUAUUGUAUUCCCGUAGUGCGUUUGAGCUAUUGGACACUGUGCUCCACUGUACGGCGGAUGUUCCCAGGGUUACCGCAGAUGUUCCCAGGGUUUCCGCAGAUGUUCCAAAGGUUAAUUCCAAGAGUACUCUGAACAUUAGUAGUGGUCUGCAAAGCGCCGAUGUGGCGGGACUGAUAAACAGCACAGUGGUACAGAGCAGUUUAAGACCUCAGAAAACUAUGGACAAAGUCUCAAAAGUUAAAAAAAGACACUCACAACGACUUCUCAAACUCUUACACAAUGCUGUAGACCGGAGUAAGGUUAAGAAUGGUGGAGUUAGUGUUAAGGAUGAGAGUACGGGAGUAUUGGAAAAAAGAGAGUUGAGGAAGAGAUCGAGAAAAUAUUAUAAGGAGGUGGAGGAGGCUUUGGGAACUUCGAGACCGCUCGUACUACAUCUGACUUAAUCUUGUAACUCUUUCUA